GGUCUCUCGGCUUCUCGUCCGGUUUCACGGGUAGUCUCCGCCGCCGGCGCCGGUACUGGCUUCAGUGUCCCGAGUUUCAGUUUGGAAGGAGAUCACUGGAAGAUGCUGAGGAGUCUGCUCUACAGUGCUGCACUUCUCCCAGACGUGUCUUCAUAGCUUUCUCAUUCGGGAGCAGACGGACCUGAGGACAUGGAAAAGCACAUCCCCAUGCAUCCGUUACCAGAAGAGAUUCAGAUGAUGCCUCGUGAUGAGACUGUUUGCAAAUAUUGUGGUGUCAGUUACCUGAUACUCCAUGAAUUCAAGCUUCUGGAAGACAAAGUAAAAGCCCUGGAGAAAGAGCUGCAUUCUUACCAGGGAAGUGCAGAACGGGAGAAACGCCUUCAAGAAGAACUUUGCUGUCUCCGCCAAGAGCAUGAGCGAAGCAAGAAUGACAGCGAGUCCAAAACAGAAAGGCUGCAGAUUACAUUGUUGCAACUGAAGGAAAAGGAAGAUGAACUUCAGAUUUUGACAACUGAGCUUACAACUUGUCAACAGGCACUUAGAACUGCAAGAGAGCAAAAACAGCUGUUGGGGGAGAAGACUGCCAAGCAAGAGGCACUUCUAAGACGGAGCCUAUCAUUGUUGAGACAUCUUCAGUCAGACCACAGCGUUAUUAAAAAUAAUGUCCAAGCCAUCAUGGGACGGUGGAAUGGUUUCAGAAGAGACAUUACUCGCCAAAUUGAAGACACUGCAAGAAGUCAUUCAGCAGAAAUUAUUAGUCUUCAUGGACAUCUCAAAGAAUUCCAACUAGAAAAUGUUUCUCUUCGAAAUCAAGUGAAAAAUCUGCAAGCAGUUGCCGAAUCUGUCACACUUACAUCAACGCAGCUUCAAAAGUCACGAGAGAUGGAAACUGAAUUAAAAAACAAAUGUCAAGAGAUGGAAAAGCAAAUCAUAGAUUUACAACAACAGUUGGAAACAGUAAGAACGGAUUUCCAUAAAGUAACUAAAGAAGUGCAACACCACCAGGAUAUUUCCAUAAUUAAAACUAGAGAAGCAAAUGAGCUCCAAAAUAAUCUUCAGAGAAUGGAAUCUGAUAAAGAAGCCACAAUCCUGAGGUAA